CAUUGCUUCAUUUCCUGCCAGUUUGCUCUAAAGAGUCGGUUUCUUCCAUUCCCUCAGUUAGCCUGGUGCUCUCUCACUGCCGUGCGGUCUUCUCCUUUCUGAGAUCUCAAAAUACCAAAAAAUGAGGGCUUGGAUCGUUCUUCUCUUAUGCCUUGCAGGCAAGGCAUUGGCUGCUCCUGAAGGCCUUGUGGCUGAAGUGGAAGUUGUUGAGGAAACAGAAGAGGCAUUGCCAGUUGGAGCAAACCCAGUCCAGAUUGAUACAGGAGAUUUUGAAGAUUCUGAAGAUGAUACCAAGAAGGAAAUUGAAGUUGAGAACCCCUGUGAAAACUUCCACUGCAAACGAGGAAAAGUCUGUGAGGCUGACGAGAACAAUGAGCCCAUGUGUGUCUGCCAGGAUCCAUCAACGUGCCCACCCAGCUCAGUUGAAUUUGAAAAGGUCUGUGGCACUGACAACAAGACCUAUGACAGUGCCUGCCAGCUCUUUGCCACUAAGUGCACAUUGGAGGGAACAAAGAAGGGCCACAAGCUCCACUUGGACUACAUUGGACCAUGCAAAUUCAUCCAGGAAUGCAUUGAUAGUGAGUUGGCUGAGUUUCCUCUGCGUAUGCGUGACUGGCUGAAGAAUGUUCUGGUGACCCUUUAUGAGCGUGAUAAUGAGGAAACCAACCUCCUCACUGAAAAGCAGAAGAUGAAGGUGAAGAAGAUGUAUGAAAAUGAAAAGCGUCUGCAGGCUGGAGAACAUUCCUUGGACCUUCUGGCUCAUGACUUUGAGAAGAACUACAACAUGUUCAUUUUCCCUGUUCACUGGCAAUUCGGCCAACUUGAUCAACACCCAGCCGAUAAAUACCUUUCACAUUCUGAGCUGGCUCCCCUGCGUGCUCCCCUUGUUCCAAUGGAGCACUGCACCACUCUCUUCUUCCAGAAAUGUGAUGCAGACAAUGACAAAUACAUCGCCCUUGAAGAGUGGGCCACAUGUUUUGGUAUCAAAGAGGAGGAUAUUGACGGCAACCUUCUGAUAUAAAUUCUUUGUUUCUACGCCUAUGCUGCCCAGUGCUACCUUCGGGUAGUGGUGCUAUGUAGAGUCUGACGACAUUAAUGGUGCUACUCUCAUUUAUAUCUAUACCACUGUAACACAGUGCAUGUGCUUCUAAUAAUAUCUUGUCAACAAAAAAGACAAACAUUUUUCUUCAAUUGUUAAAACAUGAUCAUAUCUUGUUUUUUUUUUAAGUGUCCUUGUCAACAUUAGAGAGCGAUUUUGCAUGUGUUACCAUAAUGCUAUCUAGAUGUUUGCCCAUGGAAGAAAAGAAACAUCGCAUAUUAAAUUAGCCCUUUAAUGUCCAAAAGCCAGGAGGUUCAUAGCUUCUGUUCUUUAUCCAGGUAGACAAUGAUUGAUACAGCUCGAUGGCUGGGUGUUAGAGAAUUAAUUUCAGUAUGCUGUUAAAAGUUGCUUUGGAUUUGUAUGUAAAGUAGGUGUACUAAGGUAAUUUGUCUUGUAACUAAAAAAGAUUGUAAAGCAGAAAGAGAGAACACACCAAAUGUUAAUGAGCAUGUGAAUGAAUAUGGAAAAUUAGAAUGUGAUCGUACAGGUUGGAGAAAGUCUACCUCGAACAGACCCUUUUGCUAUCUGCUAACACAUGAGAAGCACACUUUCAAUAUUUCUUCUUUCUAAUAAAAAAAUUAAAACAAAAUCUUUCUUUCAUGCAGUUGAGAUGUUGGAAGUGUUUUAUUUCACUGCAGAAACCAUACAUAUUCCAACUUUUGUAUCUUUGGUACUUUGUACCUGGUCAGGGAACUAAAAUAUUUUGUUAAAUGCUUCUUAACUGUUCACUGUAUAAUGCAAUAAAACAACACUACAGUGCUACUAUA